GUUUCAGACGGUCGCGCCUCCCAUUGAACACCACUGGUCUCGGCUCCGUCGUGUAUUCCUCUGUGUUGAUGCCGUCCAUCCUAACGUCCAUCUAUUGAACCAAAUCCUACCCCAACUUUUCGGUAAAGUGCUCCAAACAUGGCUUACACGACCGCGGGUGGCACCAAGAAGAAGGUCUGCUACUACUAUGACGGUGACAUUGGAAAUUAUUACUACGGACAGGGUCAUCCCAUGAAACCCCAUCGUAUCCGGAUGACUCACAACCUCCUGCUGAACUAUGGACUCUACAGGAAAAUGGAGAUCUAUAGACCACACAAAGCCACUGCAGAGGAGAUGACGAAAUAUCACAGUGACGACUACAUCAAGUUCCUCCGAUCGAUCCGGCCAGACAACAUGUCCGAGUUCAGCAAGCAGAUGCAGCGCUUCAACGUUGGAGAGGACUGUCCUGUGUUUGAUGGCUUGUUUGAGUUCUGCCAACUCUCCGCUGGUGGAUCUGCUGCUGGUUCAGUGAAAUUAAACAGACAGCAGACGGACAUCGCCGUGAACUGGGCCGGAGGACUUCACCAUGCAAAGAAAUCUGAAGCCUCUGGAUUCUGCUACGUUAACGACAUCGUGCUUGCCAUCCUGGAGCUGCUCAAGUACCACCAGAGGGUGCUGUACAUCGACAUAGACAUCCACCAUGGAGAUGGAGUCGAGGAGGCUUUCUACACCACAGACAGAGUCAUGACUGUGUCCUUCCACAAAUACGGAGAGUACUUCCCUGGAACUGGAGACCUCAGAGAUAUUGGAGCAGGCAAAGGCAAAUACUACGCUGUCAACUUCCCCCUGCGUGACGGCAUCGAUGACGAGUCGUACGAGCAAAUCUUCAAACCUGUGAUGGCCAAGGUGAUGGAGAUGUACCAGCCCAGCGCCGUGGUCCUUCAGUGUGGUGCAGACUCUCUGUCAGGAGAUCGCCUCGGCUGCUUCAACCUCACCAUCCGGGGCCACGCCAAGUGUGUGGAGUACAUGAAGUCCUUUAACCUCCCACUACUCAUGCUGGGUGGAGGAGGGUACACCAUCCGUAACGUGGCCCGCUGCUGGACCUACGAGACUGCCGUUGCUCUGGACACAGAUAUCCCCGAUGAGCUGCCGUACAACGACUACUUCGAGUACUUUGGGCCUGACUUCAAGCUGCACAUCAGCCCCUCCAACAUGACCAACCAGAACACACAGGAGUACAUGGACAAGAUCAAGCAGCGGCUGUUUGAGAACCUGCGGAUGCUGCCUCACGCUCCUGGAGUACAGAUGCAGGCGAUUCCUGAAGACGCCAUCCCAGAUGACACUGUGGACGAGGACACGGAGGAUCCUGACAAACGCCUGUCCAUCCGGGCCACAGACAAGAGGAUUGCCUGUGAUGAAGAGUUCUCUGACUCCGAGGAUGAAGGCGAGGGAGGCAGGAGAAACGUGGCCAAUCACAAGAAGGGGGCAAAACGACCCCGAGUUGAUGAAGAAAAGAAAGAAGGAGAGGAAAAGAAAACUGAAAUCAAAGAAGAGGAGAAGACGAAGGACAACAAUGCUGAGAAGAAUGAUUCAAAAAGUGUGAAGACAGAGCAGACGAGCAGUGCCUGAAUAGUUGGUUUAAUCCACAAACAAACUGAACGGUGCUGUCUUCUUCCUCAAGGAUCCAAACUCUUCACUGAAUCAUAACCAGAAGCAUUAUAUUUAUUAUGACUCUCCAUUUUCUACUUGUAAAUCUCUUGUGAAUUGUAAGCGUCCCUCUUUGGUGUAGUGUUAUCAGCGGAUUAGUUGAAUCCACCACUUGAAUUUGCCGUAUUAUGUCCUUUGAUACCCUUUGAACCAUUUUAUUCCAAUGUGCUUGAUCUUCUGAAGGAAAAACCUCGACUUUCUUGUUUUUAGGCAGCAGUGGGUAAACUUCUAGAUGAACCUAUAAUGAUUUCAUGUUUAAAUUUUAAUAUUUUGCAUUGUCAAUAAAACUUUUUAUACAA